GGGGUGGACUUUAAGAUGAAAACUAUUGAAGUGGAUGGAAUCAAGGUGCGAAUACAGAUCUGGGACACAGCUGGCCAGGAGAGGUACCAGACGAUAACGAAGCAGUACUACAGGAGAGCCCAGGGGAUAUUCUUGGUCUACGACAUCAGCAGUGAACGUUCCUACCAGCACAUAAUGAAGUGGGCCAGCGAUGUGGAUGAGUAUGCACCAGAUGGGGUCCAGAAGAUCCUCAUUGGGAACAAAGCAGAUGAGGAGCAGAAGAGGCAGGUGGGCAGAGACCAAGGCCUUCAGCUGGCCAAGGAGUACGGCAUGGACUUCUAUGAAACAAGUGCCUGCACCAACUUAAACAUUAAGGAGUCCUUCACUCGGCUGACGGAGCUGGUGCUGCAGGCUCACAAGAAGGAGCUGGAUGGGCUCCGCACGUAUGCGGCAGACGAACUGAACUUAGCUGAGCUGGAGGAGGAGGAGCGCAAGCCGGACGGGGCUGAGAACUCUCCCAAAACCUGCUGGUGUUGAAAAGCCCCACCCUGCCCCCAUGUUACCUCUUCCUGCCCCAGGCCUGGCUGGCUGCCUCCGUUCCUGCCCUUGCAUCCUCCAGUCACUGGUCUCUGCUGCCCCCAGUGUCCCCAGCACCGACAUGCUUCGUGCCCUCCUGCCAUGCCACAUGUGCCAUCCACCUGGCAUGAUUCUGCCUGCCCUGGCGGAUCAGAGGCUCUCAGGAUCUGCUUCCCCUGGAGGCGCCAGCAAGCAUGGGCUGUGCUCAUGUUGCCUGUGGGCUUCGCUACAGAGGGUAAAGCCACAGGCACUGCCAGUGAGAUGGAUUUGAGAUGGGGCUAAGGAACAACCUGGGCAGAAUGGUUCUGAGCUCAUGUCCCUCUGCCAUCCCUUGGCAGGGUAUCCCAGACAUCGGCCUGCCCUGGACAUCCACUGGCUGCAGCUGACACCGGCCCCUGCAUGGGGGCAGAGGAGGGAGGCUCCCUGGCAACAAUCCCCCCAAGUCCCAGCUUUUCCAGCGUGGAAGCUGAGGCCAGAACCAUUGGCUCAAAAUGGUGGGAUCUCAAGAGGGGCUGAUCGGCCCUGGCUCCUGCUGGGGCUGCCCGACUCCUUUAGGUUUACGUCGUCUUUCCUCAGGUACCUGGGUUGGAUUUAGGCCUCUGGGCUAUGAUUUCUCCUCAGCUGGUCAGAGAGAGAGUGGGGAAGGCCCUUGGCCUGUUCCUGCUCAGCAAGUGAUGAGAGGUCUUAAGGGCUGUCCCAGUGCCCUCUUUGCCAGCAGGCUCCCCUGCCUGUCAUGACUGCGGCAGGCAAAGAUCUUCUCAGAGUCCAUGGAAACUACAUGGAGACUUCCCUCAGCUCUUCUCAGGCCUGGCCUGGGCUGGGAGGGAGUCAGGCAUGGGGUCUGACUGCUGGAUGGGGUGGGUGAUGGGGCAGAGGUGUGACAGCCUGCUUUGUUCACUUCUCUGGAAGCUUCAUUUGCAGGGUGCUGUCAGCUCACAUGUGGAGAGGAGCCCCUGAGGGUCCCAGCCCAGCCCUGGGGGCUUCAAGAGGGGUUGUGGACCAUGCUCCUACCCAGGGUGAUGCAGCAUAGGCUGCACGGACAGGAGCUUCACUGGGCUGCUGCUCUGUGUGCCAUCAUCUGAGGAACCCUUGCUGGCAGGGGCAGAGGGGCAUGCCCAGGUGCUGCAGUGGGUGGCAGAGCUGAGCACCAUGCUUCCCAGAAGAGGAAGGAGCCUGGGUUUUCUGAUAAGUGUGCAGCUACAAUAGUGCUAUUGACACAGCUCUGCAUUGUGUCCUGUAAGCAGCAGGGGCUCUGGGAGGCUGCCAAGGGUGGCUGGUAGGGCAGAGGUGUGACUCACAGUGCACUGAUUAACCCUUCCUGCUCUAGUGCUUGCAAUCACUGCUGCUGUUCCAUCAAGUCCUGCACCACUGAAGAAACAGCAGGUACAGGGGCCUUGUGCAGGGUGGUGCUGCUAGAAGGGAGGGUGGAGAGGCCUGCAGGAAAGAGGGCCUUGUUUUCUGCAAACAGAAAUGUGACACAAUGGGCUGUUUGCCAACCCCACUCCGUCCAUUUAACAGACUUUGGUGUGCUCAAGGCAGCUGUGGGACCUUGGGGCCCUUGCACAAAACAGGUGUGGAGAAAGAAACGGUUGGUUUGUCCUGUGUGGCAGGGGCAAACAGUCAUCCUUCAGCUGGCAUUGGGGAUGGGGGGCAGGUUUUGGGCUUGUUGUUGGGGGGGUCCCUCAGCAGUCACAUACUUUUACAUGAGAUUCCUCCCUGCCUGCAGACACUGCACAGUCCAGCUUGGCUCCAAGUGUCCAGUCAUGUUCACCUCCAGCCUUUGGCAUAAAAAACCUGAGAUCAGACCUGAGCUAGGCUGGGGGCUCAUGAUACCUAAGGCUGGGGAGGCAUCAGUUCACUCUGCUAGCUUAUCUCAGCAUGGACCCAGCAAGGGAGCCACAGCUACAUGAAGUGUGUGUGAUGGGGGUCAACACUGGCUGCGGUGAGAGGGACAGUUUGAACCCUGCUGAUAAGUUGCCUUGGGGCCUAGCUUAGUGCAUGCUCCCUUCCUGCCAGGCUGCAUUGCCCUCCAGGUGAUGCAUUUGGAAAGCUCCAAACCCCCAGCCCUGGGGGAGGGGCACCCCUAAUGCACUUCCAGCUGGGAGAUAGCAAGACCUGUCAAUAUUUGGACACCCUGGAGCUUGGCUUCAUGCCUCAAGCUUUUGCACAAAGAUGGCAGAGGUUAGAAACUCCACCUCCCCCAGAAUCCCUGCCCCAGCCCCGUCAUCUCAUUGUCUGUCUGGAAGCUGUCUGCCUUGUCACCAAGACACCAACCACGCUGCAGCUCCACAUCCCAGCUGUAUGUGCACGUCGUGCUCACGGUGCCUGCCACCUCCCUUGUGUGACCCUCCCCGAAGUUCAUUAUUUUAGACACAAAUGUUUACAAAAUAAAGGGGGUU